GUUUGUAGUUUCCGGGUUUUGUCAGUUAGCAUGUGUGUCUGUGCUAACGUUGUAGAUUCUCAGAGUAAUGUUAUAAAGACGUCAGUGUUGAGUUCUUCUUCUGUGACUCUUGGAUGUGUGUCAGAUGUCCGGGUUUCAGGAUCUUAAAGAUUUCUUCAGACGGCGGCUGCUCGCUGCGGUUAUCAGAGAUAUAUCAGAAACAACAACAUGUGGAUACGAAGAGGAGCUCCACCGACAAAGAAAAGUGCUGGAUGUGAUUUUAACACCUGAAAUCAAGCUGCAGAGAGCAGACGUCCAGCAGCUGCUGUUGAGUUAAGAGCUUCCACCUGUGCAGCAGGAGCCGCAGUGUGGAGUCAUCCAAGAGGAACAGGAGGAGGCUGAUACCACCAUGUUCCCCUUCACUCCUGUCUCUGUGAAGAGUGAAGAUGAUGAAGAGAAACCUCAGUCCUCACAGCUUCAUCAGAGACAAACUGAACUGAUGGAAACAGGAGUUGAUCGAGAGGACUGUGGAGGAGUAGAACCAGAGAGGUACUCAGAUCCAGAGAGACGUUUACAACCAGAGACUGAAGACUCUUCUGAACCAGAGACUGAAGACAGUGAUGAUUGGGAGGAAUCCAAAGAACAUCAGUCAGGUUUAGACUAUGUGAGAAAUUAUGUUGUCUCCCAGAGUGCAGGAAUGUUUGAAUCUGAUAGAAAACAAGUCUUCAUCUCUGACUCUGAUCAAAUCUUGUACAACAAUCACACAGGAGGGAAACAUUUCAGUGCCUCAGGAUGUAAGAACCAGUUAACAGAAACAGGAAUUUUAGGUGACACGUCAGUCCACAAAGAUGAACACAUAGGGGCAAAGCAGAAGGACCCAAAGGCCCCACUUGUGAAGGAGGAACAGGAGGAAGUAUGGAUCAGUCAUGCUAACACCAUCAAGUUCCCAUUUUAUCCUGUCUCUGUGAAGAGUGAAGAUGAAGAAGAGAAACCUCAGUCCUCACAGCUUCAUCAGAGACAAACUGAACAGAUGGAAACAGGAGUUGAUGGAGAGGACUGUGGAGGAGCAGAACCAGAGAGGGACUCAGAUCCAGAGAGACGUUUACAACCAGAGACUGAGGUCAAGACUGAAGACACUUGUGAAACUGAUGACAGUGCUGACAGUGAUUUUUGGAAAGAGACAAGAGAACGCCGGCUACGUCUAAACUCUGUGGAAAACACCCAAGAUAAGAAGAAAUCACAUAACUGCUCUGAGUGUGGUAAAACAUUCAAUGUGAAACAGAACCUGACACAUCACUUGAUAAUUCACACAGGAGAGAAACCUUUCAGCUGCUCUGAGUGCAGUAAACGAUUUAACCACAAGUCUUAUCUGAAACUCCACAUGGCACAUCACAGGGGAGAGAAACCCUUCAGCUGCACUGUCUGUGACCAAAGUUUCUCUUGGUAUUAUCAGUUAAAAAAACACAAGUGUUUUAGAGCUCAGACUUCAGAGCCUGAUCAAAACCAAACUGAAGAGAAAAGAGAGACAGAAACAGGAGUUGAUGGAGAGGACUGUGGAGGAGCAGAACCAGAGAGGGACUCAGAUUCAGAGAGACAUUUACAACCAGAGAUUGAGGUCAAGACUGAAGAGUCUUCUAAAACUGGUACAAAAGACAGAGAUAGUGAUUGGAAGGAGACCAGAGAACACGAGUCAGGUUUAAUUUCUGUGAAAACCACAAGAAUAAAAAGACCAAAGACUGAUAAGAAAUCACAUAGCUGCUCUGAGUGUGGUAGAAAAUUCAAAAAGAAACCAGAUCUGACUAGACACAUUAGAAUUCACACUGGAGAGAAACCCUUCAGCUGCUCUGUGUGCAGAAAAAGAUUUAACCUGAAAAGGCAUCUGAGCUCACACAUGCUGGUUCACACAGGAGAGAAACCUUUCAGCUGCUCUGUUUGCAGUAAAAGAUUUAACCACAAGUCUAGUCUGAAACUUCAUAUGGUACACCACGAAGGAGAGAAACCCUUCAGCUGCACUUUGUGCAGUAAAAGAUUCAACCAAAAAGGGCAUCUAAAUUCACACAUGUUAGUUCACACAAGAGAGAAACCCUUCAGCUGCUCUCUUUGCAGUAAACGAUUUAACCAUAAGUCUGGUCUGGCAGUUCACAUGGCACACCACAAAGGAGAGAAACCCUUCAGCUGCUCUUUGUGCAGUAAAAGAUUCAACCAAAAGGGGCAUCUGACCUCACACAUGUUGGUUCACACAGGAGAGAAACCCUUCAGCUGCUCUCUUUGCAGUAAAAGAUUUAGUCAUAAAGGAAAUCUGAGCUCACACAUGUUGAUUCACACAGGAGAGAAACCCUUCAGCUGCUCUGUUUGCAGUAAAAGAUUUACCCUUAAUUCAUAUCUGAUACUUCACAUGGCACACCACAGAGGAGAGAAACCCUACAGCUGCAGUGUCUGUGAAAAAAGUUUCCCUUGGCGCUAUCAGCUAAAAAAACACAAGUGUGUGGGAGAUCCGUAUCCAGAGUGUCAAAAAAUUAAAACUGAGUUUGACCGAGAGGACUGUGGAGGAGCAGAACCAGAGAGUGACUCAGAUCCAGAGAGACAUUUACAACCAGAGACUGAGGUCAAGACUGAAGACUGAAUUGUAGAACAUCUUUAUAGAUCUCAACAGUGACCGCCCUCUUUUUUCGACAGAUUUGGCUCCAGAAGUAAAUUUCCCUGUUCAAAUGUUUUGUAAUUUCACAAAAUCCUUAUAUCAAGAGAUAGAAACCUGUAACCAUGACAACCAGCUUCCCCCAGCUAGCUGAUUCAGCGCUCUAAAAAGGCAAAGGUACAAGACUGUGUACAUUUUUUUUUUUGAGUCAUCGAACUUCCCAUCCCACAAUCCACAAACCCUCUUCUUCUUAAAUGUGACUUUAGUCAUUGUUUUAGUGUUUAUACUGUUAAUGCGAGUGUUGUUGAAUAUAUAAAUUACAUUCACUGAUGCACAACAAGGUUAUUAGUACAUUUACUGUUAGCCAAGUACUAGCUAGCGAA